AAGCGUUUCUAUUGGCUGAUAAAAUCCGACUUCCACUUUUGUGUCAAAGUGGAGAGCAGAGCGGGACAGUCUGGGAACUCGGUGAAAGAAAUUGAAGUACAGCAGAGGCGGAAAAUCUAGUGGAUGUACAAUUUUCGGAAAAGAUGUCUGGAUAACGUUGUGCCCACACUGAAAAACCCACCAAAAACUGUGACUAUUGGUGCCAGCAUUUCUACAAGCGGGGUGCCUCUCAGGCCAUCGGAAAAACCCCAGCUGUUCCCCUGUCCUCCCCCCCUGAUCCCCCUGGCCCCGAUUCCCGGAAACAUGUCCAUCGCACUGAAGCAGGUCUUCAACAAGGACAAGACCUUCCGGCCCAAGCGCAAGUUCGAGCCGGGGACGCAGCGCUUCGAGCUGCACAAGAAGGCGCAGGCCUCGCUCAACUCGGGAGUGGACCUGCGGGCCGCCGUCCAGCUGCCCCACGGCGAGGACCUCAAUGACUGGGUGGCCGUGCACGUCGUGGACUUCUUCAACCGCAUCAACCUCAUCUACGGGACCGUGUGCGAGUUCUGCACCGAGAAGAGCUGCCCAGUCAUGUCGGGCGGGCCUCGGUACGAGUACCGCUGGCAGGACGACCACAAGUACAAGAAGCCCACCGCCCUGCCCGCGCCCCAGUACAUGAGCCUGCUGAUGGACUGGAUCGAGGUGCAGAUCAACAACGAGGACAUCUUCCCCACCAGUAUAGGGAUCCCUUUCCCCAAGAACUUCAUUCAGAUCUGCAAGAAGAUCCUGUGCCGACUGUUCCGGGUCUUCGUCCACGUUUACAUUCACCACUUUGACCGCAUCAUCCUCAUGGGCGCUGAGGCACACGUCAACACCUGCUACAAGCACUUUUACUACUUCGGCACCGAGCUGAACCUCAUAGACCGCAAAGAGCUGGAGCCACUGAAAGAGAUGACGUCGCGGAUGUGUCACUGAGCAGCCAUGGGCCAGUUCUGGAAGUAAAAGACUGCUAUUGGGCAGAGGAAAUCAUUUUUGAAAACGAAGGCAGUAGCUCGGACCGUCGGCCAGUUUUCAGGUGGUUGCCGUGGAGAGGGGGAAAACACACCAGCUGUGGCAGGAAUUACUGUAGCGUUCCAUGAUAUCACACAUGACUGACAGCCUUGCAGGAAACCUGCCCGCUCCAUGAUAUCACCCUCGACUGACAGCCUGCGGGAAACCUGCCACAACAUCUGGACAUACAAAUAUAUUCCAGUGUUCCUCAUGUUAAGGACACUCAUUCAGCAGAUGUUACAGAGGGACAGGGCUAUGGAUUUACAGGAAUGAGUGGAAUGGCACCACCUACUGAUGAAUUCAAAUCACAUACUGGUACAAAAUGUUGCAGGAAGUGGCUCCAACACAAGUGAACAUUGAUUUCUGGACGAAGCAACUGUUAUCUUUUGAUAAGUCAUUAACUCCACACAAUUUUAAAAGUUUACCUUAUUUUCUGGUAUUCCAGCACUGAUAUUUCUUAAUAUUUGGCCUAAAUGACAUCCUUUAUGCAUUUUUAUAUAUUUUGAGUAUUUCAGAUGAAAUUUAUAGUAUAUUGGAGUAAUUCUGAAGGAUACAGGACUUAAAAUAAAGUUUUGAUCAUAACUGCCAUUUUAAAGUAUAUACAUUCUAACAGUAGUGCUUGUAUAAUCACUUUGGGAUCAACUGCGAUUCGGGACUUGUGGAGCGUAUGACUGUAAAAUGACUUCCAUAUUACCUUAAUAGCACAGGUACUGUCGAUUCCUUUGUGAGAAAGCAACUGAAAAAAAAUCAGAGGAACAAGUUCAAAUUCCAUGCUCUACAGCAUUUCCAGUCGUACCGAUCAGUUGCAGUUGUGCUUUUGUGAAUACCAGCAUACAAGGACACUCUGCGGUCAUUUUGAAUAAACUAAAUAAGGAGAGAGGCUGGUCUGUUCUGCUGAGUGUGUUAUAAAAACGAGUUUUUACAGUAAUCGAAUCACCUCUCUCUUCUCCUGUUGCAAAUCAAACAUUCAGCUUCACGACUCUCCGCUCAGUCUGAAAGAUGAGUUCAGGGACAUGAUGGUACACAUGCAAUCUCCUCAGGAGGACACAGAGAAACAACAGAUUUAUCUCAACCAUUGCUUCAGUUCUGCGUGGUAACAAAGAGUUGUUGUAUCCUUUAACUGGAAUAUCUAAUUAACUUAACAAUAUUUCUUAUUUCAUCUCAAACAAAUUAUAUUUUUGAUGUUUCAUUCUUACUAAUCUCAUGCAAUAAAUAAACUUGUCCAUGAUCCCAUGUAAACUUACAAUGAGCAAUAAAAUGUAGCUUGAUUUAUUUUAA